AUAUUUCUUCUAUAUUGGCUGCCAUGAAUGAAAUCAAUAUGUCCGCCGACUGAUUAACUAAAAAAAAGUGUGAUCCAUGUGUUAUUAAAAGAUUUUAAUUAAAACAAAGUAUUAACUCCUAUUUAUUGUUACAAUGCCGGUCGUUGGUGGUGGAUCAUAUCAACAAGGCCCAUCAUGUUGGGACAGAAUAAAAAUGGGAUUUACGAUGGGAUUCUGUGUGGGAUUGGCUUCUGGUGCGAUUUUUGGAGGAUUUUCUGCUCUAAGGUCUGGCAUGAGGGGAAGGGAAUUGGUAAACAACAUGGGGAAGAUAAUGAUACAAAGUGGAGGAACAUUUGGCACAUUUAUGGCGAUUGGAUCUGGCAUAAGGUGUUAGUAUAGCAACAGGAAAUUGUGUAUAUUAGCUAUAGGGAGAAAAAGCAGCAUUUUCAAUCCACUAUUAUGACUUUUUUAAUAAAAAAACAAAUAUUGACAAGGAAGAUGCGUCUUACCUUCUGUAGCUGUAAUGGUGGUAUUAUCCAAGUGAUUUGUUUUGCCUGGUAUAUUGAUCCCAAAACUUAAAUGACGUAUAACGUGUGACAAAUUGAAUUGUGUGGAAGCAUGUGGUUGAACAUCGUGUACUAUAAAAAAAAAAACGAAAAUUAGUUUUGUUUUUAUUAAAUUUUUCUUUUUUU